CCUUUUCUGUUGCUCCUUGAUCGUUCUUGUUCUCGUCAAUCGUCAUCGAAGAAGGAAUAUGAGGAGAGAGAACAAUGAACAAGCAAAUGAUUUGGAUUUCAUGGGUAUUUGGAGGUAUGAUGGCAAAGUUUUUUAUGAUCGAAUCAUUGAGGCUACUGAAGGAUUCGAUGCCAAGUACUAUGUGGGUGAAGGAGCAUAUGGAGUUGUUUAUAAAGCUGAGAUAUCAAAAAGUCAGAUGGUUGCUGUCAAGCGAGCCUCGUUGUCUCGUGAAGAUAGUGAGGUCUCUGAUUUGAUAGCAUUUGAAAGGGAAAUUCGAGCCUUAACAAAUAUACGUCAUCGCAAUAUCGUGAAGUUCUAUGGGUUUUGUUCUCACGCCAAAAGCUAUUUUUUGGUGUACGAGUAUAUAGAAAGAGGAAGCUUGAGAGCAACUUUGAACGAUAAUGAAAGAGCAACCGAAUUUCGAUGGGACAAGAGGGUAAAUGUGAUCCGAGGAGUUGCAGAUGCAUUGUCCUAUAUGCAUCAUGAAUGUUCACCUCCAUUAAUUCAUCGAGACUUGACUAGUAACAACAUUCUAUUGGAUUACGAUUAUGAGGCUCGUGUUUCCGAUUUUGGCACGGCAAGACUGUUGAGGCCCGAUUCAUCAAAUUGGACUACAAUUGCUGGCACCAUUGGGUAUAUUGCUCCAGGUAAGCUGGCUUAUUCUCCGAUUCCUUCCAAAAAAUGCGAUGUGUAUAGCUUUGGAGUCGUCGCAUUAGAGACAAUAAUGGGAAAGCAUCCGGGAGAUCAUGUCUCCCGAGAAUGUUCAUCCACCCAAUCCAAGUCGCCGAUGCUGUUGAAGGAUGUGUUGGAUCAACGUCUCCUGUCUUCUAGUUUUCGUCUUCAAAAUGCACAAGACGUGGUCUCGAUUGCCAAGCUAGCACUGGCGUGCUUGCAAGCUGAUCCGCACCUUCGACCGACCAUGCGACAAGUCUCGCGUGAACUUUGCACUCCAGUACCACUGGAUGUGCCACUCUCUGCAAUAAGCUUAGAGCAACUUCGCGAUCUCAAUGUCAGGAAAUUUGGAGCAUUGAUGGAAGAUGCCGAGCCAGCUUCGCAGUGAACGUUACAGGAACAGUGCAAUGUUUGUGGCGUAGAGUCAUGGAACCAGAAAUAAUAGUGGGAAGGCUUCUGAGGUGAUCUCAUUUCACAGCCAUUUCCAACUUUUUGCAGAGCGAUCAAGAAGUGAAUUAGCCAAAUGCUAUUGGGUCAGCAUCUCCUGCUUUCUUUCAACCGAGAUAAAGAACGAGUUGUUUCUAUUGCCAGAAGAGAUAGUGAUUACUAGUAGUCUGUGCACUUUUAUCAAUGUGAUCUUAGUUCAAUCAAAUCACAUUUUACUGAUGUUCAAUGUCGUCCUAAAACUUUCAGUUGGUCCAAUUAGAUCCCUAACA